AUGGAAAGAUCAAGCAAUGACUUCGACUAUAUGUUUAAGCUUCUUAUUCUCGGAGACUCAGGCGUAGGUAAAAGUUGUAUUUUGCUGCGAUUUGUUGAUAUAAGUUUUGCUCCAAACCACAUCGCUACAAUAGGAAUCGACUACAAAAUCAAAGUCAUAAACGUUAAUGGGAGCAGGGUAAAGCUACAAAUCUGAGAUACAGCAGGUCAGGACAGGUUUAGGACAAUAACAAAGACAUAUUACGCAGGAGCUAUGGGGAUAGUCCUCUGUUAUGACUGCACCAGCCAAGAAUCGUUCAAUAAUGUCAAAAACUGGGUUGAUCAGAUCUAUCAGCAUGCUAAUCAGCAUGUCGCCUUAGUACUCAUAGGCAAUAAAUCCGAUAUGGAAGACAUCGUUGUCCCACCUGAAGAAGGUGAAAGACUUGCCAGAGAACUCGGAAUCUCUUUUUUCCCCACAAGUGCCAAAUCAGGCAAUAACAUUACAGAAGUUUUCGACCACCUUGCAAAAGAAAUCCUCGAUAAAAAGCUAUAUGAAAUCAUAGGAAACGUUGCCAAUGUAAGAGUCCAAAAUAAUAAACAGAAAAAAAAGAAAGGCUGCUGUAACAAAGGUUAA